UACUCUAUGCAGUGACCAGGAGCAAUUUGUCGGCAAUAUUUGCUAACCAUCACUGGUUUACUGGUAAAACUGUGACCAGGAGCAAUUUGUCGGCAAUAUUUGCUAACCAGCCUCCCGUUCUGUGCUUUUCGGUUUGCCGUUUGACUUCCCCGUCAUCACUCCCGAUGCGAUUAAAUUAAUUUGGGCGCCACCAUGUUACAAACUGCUUAUUUUGUUCUUUGGCAGUGCCGCUAGCUCAGUCUUCUCUCCGGGCGGAUUCCCCCUAAUGCCACAGCCCGCAACAUAAACGUCGAUGACUACACUGUCUCACAUCACAAAUUAAUCGCUCAUCACUAACAAACAAAACAUACAAAAUGUAAACAACGUAAAUAAUUAUAGAUGACGGGAAAAUGUUUUGGUGGCUAUAGUUGACCCAGCCAAGCACACCCACCCAACCAAGGAUGCCCCGGAGGUUUUUGCAGGGACAUCCCCCAUAUUCCAGUUGGUCCAAGUCACUCCUCGCGACUAGGACAGCUCCAUCUCCCCCACAACGACAACUCACUCGCACAUUUCAGUUUCCAGAUAUGUACAUUUAAUAUCCACACCUUUACGACCAAACUUGGCCACCGUCUUCAAAUUUAACCGGUCAAAGCGGAAAAUUACCUUCCCUCGGCAAAGGCUACAGGCGCCGCGGAAUUAAUGUUCCACCAGUCACUUAUUGGUGGAACUAGCAGUGAACGAGGCGCACAAAAGCACACACACGGUUAGUGUGUCGGGUCACCUAAUCCUGAGGAGCUCCUGGGGAAAAGAAGGGACAGGCCAAACGGCAACACGAGGACAACUAAGGUUUUCGGGUCUAAGUCCGAAUAAAUUCACAGGUCAACAACGCCGCUUCUGGGCUAGGCACCGGCAGUAAGCCAGUGGCGGGUCGCCGAAGGACAACUCGAGACCCUUAUAAAGGGACGUGGCGGUCCGGAAACCGGUAUUACGCCGUGCCUCGGCCACUGCAGACCGUGACGUCCGAGAUGCCGGGUGGUAGGGGAGUCGCGUCGUGGUCGCGACGUUGUGCUGCUCGGGUUAUAUGGGCCGGAACGGACUCACCGAGUAUGGAUGACCAAUAUGAUUAUAGAUGACCUCAAACAGUAUAAAUAAGAGCGUCCUCAGCUCAGCCGGCAACAGUUUUGAUUCGAUGCCGCACGCAUGAAGUGUACGCGAAGUAAGACAGCAAGUUAUUGGAUUUACUGCUAAGCAACUGAGUAGAAAAAUGCGGGUCAAUGCGCGGUGUAGUCUUUACGUGCUCUUAGCCACGCUAGCGGCUUUGGCAGUUGAGGCCCACAUUCGCGUCGAGACACAGGAGGUUCAUUUGGAUUCCAACUACACUCCGAUGUUCGUUCGUUCCGCGGUAGAGAGCAUGCCUUUAAAUGAUGACGACGGUCACCUAAUCCGUUUCAGUGCGCGACCCGAGUUUGGGGACGCCUUCCUGCCACUUCGUAGCGCCGUGGAGAGUGUUCCCACGCUAAAUCAGAAAAACGUGGCUAUGCUGACGGAGUCAUUCGGCCUACGUUCUUUUGUGCGCGAUUCCGUAGAGUCAGCGCCUAGUGAUGAAGAAAAUGUUGAGAACAUGGAUUUUAUUACCAACUUUGAGAGUUACGUCAAGAAAAUCGAUGCAGAACCAAGGCUUGUAACGUUAACACCAUUAGAACAACCAAAUUUUUCCAUCGUUUCCGACAAGUACGCCGCUUUUAUUACUCCAGAAAAGUCGGACGACUUCCAUCCGAAGCCAUACCGAGCCGGCUCCCCACAUCAGCAGUUGUUUAAGACGGUGAGUGUCGAACAGCAGUCCUACGGCGCAUUGGGGCAGGAGGGUCUGGAAAGUCCGCAAUCCGCCUAUGGAGCUCUAGCAGAGAUAAAGAGAAAGCAUAUUAACAUCGCUACGAAAGUACUUUGUUAUAUGUCGAACUGGGCAUUCUACCGGAAGGGUGAAGGUAAUUUUGUUCCUGAGCAAAUUGACCCAAAGCUAUGCUCCGUCAUUAUCUAUUCGUUCGCCUCCUUGGACCCUGACCACCUGACCAUUCGAGAGUUCGAUCCUUGGGUAGAUUUGGAUAACCAAUACUAUAGACGAGUGACUUCACUGGGAGUGCCUGUACUUAUCGCUUUGGGUGGCUGGACGGAUUCCAACGGCUCCAAGUACUCACGCCUGGCCAGUGACGAUAUUAAAAGACGGGUUUUUGCAUCCAACGCGGCCAGUUUCCUGCAGCGCCAUGGAUUCAGCGGUCUGCACCUAGACUGGAACUACCCGAAGUGUUGGCAAAGCGAUUGCUCAAAGGGACCUGUAAGUGACCGGCCCAACCUGACCAAGCUUCUCCGUGAGCUGCGUACGGAGUUCCAGCGUGUUAAUCCUAAAUUUCAGGUGGGAGUUGCUAUCUCGGGCUAUAAAGAGAUUAUAACAGAAGCCUACGAGCUUCCCGCUUUGUCAGAUAUAGUAGACUACUUAACAGUAAUGACGUACGACUACCACGGCGCUUGGGAGCGCCAAACUGGCCAUGUGAGUCCGCUUUACGGAUCUUCAUCCGAUAAGUAUCCGCAGUAUAAUACGGACUAUACAAUGAAACUGCUGUUAAAAAUGGGCGCGCAGAAAGAAAAACUUAUAUUGAGCAUUCCAUUCUAUGGCCAAAGCUUCACAUUAGAGAAAAGUCCCCUAAAGCUAACGGGAACGGGCAUUCCUGCCACCGGACCUGGAGAGGCAGGCGAAUUAACUAAGCAGCCGGGAAUGCUGGCUUUCUACGAGAUCUGCCAGCGCGUAAGAGAGUCCAAGUGGUGGACUGGUCAGGAUCCAAGCCGGAGAUCUGGUCCUUUUGCCAUGCUUAAGGAUCAAUGGGUGGGGUAUGAAGAUCAGGCCAGUGUCGAAGCCAAGGCCCGAUACGCGGCCAAAAAUAACUUUGCUGGAGUGGCAGCGUGGACCGUCGAUCUUGACGACUUUCAAAACCGGUGCUGCAGCGAGUCUUACCCGCUACUUAAGGCUAUUAAUCGGGGGUUGGGACGAUUGAACUCAGAACCGCCCACUCGAACGAACUGUGAACGUCCACCUUCAGUCGUCACUCCCGUGCCUCCCAAAAUGACAACGAUUAGUAGCGACAGCUCUGCAGGAUUAGAACCAAAUCACGAUCACACAACAUAUCGGCCAAGUUUGAAUACAAGCACUACCGCUACCCUCAGCACUACGAAAAGGCCAAAACCUUUAACUACAAGUAAUACCAUCAAUGCCAUCAGCACCUUAUCCUGGUGGAGCUCGACUACAAGACGUCCGAGCGGGCCGACUAGUACAACCACCAGACCGACUUACACAACGAUCCCCGUGCCAGCAGUGAUUUACCCGGUGGUACAGGCCAUCAACUGUGAGAGCGGCAAAUUCUACGCCGACUUGAAGAAUUGUAACGCUUACUACCACUGCAUUAUUCCAGGAGAGUUGCGCCAGCAGUUCUGUCCCGGCGGUCUUCAUUGGAACAACGAGGCAAAGGGUUGUGACUGGCCGUCAUCCGCACAAUGUAUAGUGAACCGUGAGCAGGAAUCAAGCACAGUUCGCCCAAAACCGGUUACAGUAUCUAAAAAGCCCAAAAAGACCACAACAACUUCAAAGCCCAUUAUGAAUCCUACAAAGCCUGCCGCCCAUCAUCAAGUCACUUCCCACCGACCACAAUUUUCGCCAAAUCCAUCAGCCACUUGCAACGAGGGGGAGUACUACACCCACAGGAACUGCGGAAAAUACUAUAUCUGCGUGAAUGGAGCAUUGGUACCCAGUGAGUGUGGAGGAGAGUUGCACUGGGACGCAAUCCAUAAGAUCUGCGACUGGCCAGAGAACGUGCAGUGCGUGACAAGCAAAAAAUACCUGAAAAUCAUUCAGGCCAGUCGCGCCAACGAGGAGGAUCCUUGCAAGGGCGAAGAGCGAGUACCUUAUCCAAAUAACUGUUCCAAGUAUCUAUUUUGCUUAUGGAACCGCCUACAGGCGGGUGACUGUCCACCGGAGCUGCACUACAACGAGGCGAUCGGGAACUGCGACUGGCCAGAGGCAGCCAAGUGCAUUCAAAAUGCUGGUAAUGGCAGCGGUGGAGCAGAGUCAAGCGCUAAACCAAAGCCUCCGGCACUAGCCAAGCCAGCGCCCACUACCCAAAAGCCCAGCACCACCCCGCGACCAAUCUACGGCACAGAAAAGCCUCUACUCAAGCCCCUUGACGGGCACUACAAAAUUGUGUGCUAUUUUACCAACUGGGCUUGGUAUCGCAAGGGCCUUGGUCGUUUUACUCCCGACGACAUUAACACAGAUCUGUGCACUCACGUUGUUUAUGGGUUUGCGGUGCUGGACUACUCCGAAUUGAUCCUGCGCACACAUGAUUCCUGGGCCGACAUUGACAACAACUUUUACACGAGGGUCAGCAGCCUUAAAAGCAAGGGUAUCAAAGUAAGCUUGGCGCUUGGCGGCUGGAACGAUUCGCAAGGAGAUAAGUAUAGUCGUCUAGUAAGAAGUCCCUCAGCCCGGGAACGCUUCGUUCGUCAUGCCCUGGAGUUCAUUGAGAAAUAUGGCUUCGAGGGCCUUGAUCUAGACUGGGAGUACCCAGUGUGCUGGCAAACGGAGUGCAAUAAGGGAUUCGCCGAAGAGAAAGAAGGUUUCACCGCCUGGGUUCGGGAACUUUCCCAAGCGUUUCGCCCUCGAGGACUUUUGUUGUCUACUGCAGUCUCGCCAAGCAAGAAAAUUAUUGAUGCAGGAUAUGACGUACCCCUGCUGUCACGAUUAUUUGAUUGGAUCGCUGUGAUGACGUACGACUUCCAUGGUCAAUGGGACAAAAAGACUGGUCAUGUGGCACCUCUGUACUAUCAUCCCGAUGAUGAUUUUGAGUAUUUCAACGCAAAUUUCUCACUUAACUAUUGGAUCGAAAAGGGAGCCCCUUCACGGAAAAUCGUUAUGGGUAUGCCGCUAUACGGACAAUCCUUUACUCUGGAAAAUGCUAGCAACAAUGGCUUAUAUGCCAAGGCUCCUGGACCUGGCCAAGCUGGAGAAUUCACCAGAGCCGCCGGAUUUCUGGCUUACUAUGAGAUUUGCGAACGGGUUAACCACCAGGGCUGGGAGGUAGUCCAGGAUGAAUUUGGCCGCAUGGGUCCGUAUGCCCGCAAAGGAACACAGUGGGUGUCCUACGACGAUCCAGCCAUGAUUCGGAAAAAGUCCCAAUUGGUGAGAUCAUUGGACCUGGGUGGAGGCAUGGUUUGGGCCCUCGACCUCGAUGACUUUCGCAAUCGGUGUGGAAAUGGCGUGUAUCCUUUGCUACGUGAGAUUCACGAUGUGCUUAAAGAUCCACCGAGUUUUGUACAAGCAGCGCCUGUCUUAGCUCCCGUCGGUCUAGAGUCUGUGGAGGAGCAAUCCGUUUCAGAAGAAGCAGGAACUUCUUCGGUUGCGAGCGUUCCUGGUGUAGAGUCGGAAGAGUCGGUCGAUGGAGCAGAGGGCGUGGCUGAAGCUGUUUCGAUACAGCCUAUUGAAGUGGAGGCAGAGGACAGCAAUGAGGGAGAAUCCUUAGAGGGUUUAGAAGAAAACGAAGUGGAACAAAAUGUGGACUUUGAGGAGGAAGACUUUGAAAUGGAAUCAAACGACCCGAUUCCUAGUAAUAGUUUGUCCAUGAAAUUUAAGGUCAUCUGCUACUUUACAAACUGGGCUUGGUAUCGCCAAGGUGAAGGAAAGUUCUUGCCAGAAGAUAUUGACGCCGAUCUCUGCACCCACAUAGUGUAUGGCUUCGCUGUACUGAACCGGGAAAAGCUGACGAUACAGCCUCAUGACUCCUGGGCGGACUUAGAUAACAAAUUCUAUGAACGAGUUGUGGCCCACCGCAAGAAGGGCGCUAAGGUAACUGUUGCCAUUGGGGGUUGGAACGACUCUGCUGGCGAUAAGUAUGCCCGACUGGUAAGAAGCGCAGAGGCACGAGCCCGUUUCAUUCGACACGUCCUAGAAUUCAUCGAGAAAUAUAACUUUGACGGGCUGGACCUUGACUGGGAGUACCCAGUGUGCUGGCAAGUGGAUUGUAAAAAAGGUACAGUCGAUGAAAAGAAUGGAUUCACUGCCCUGGUGCGGGAGCUGUCGCAAUCAUUCCGGCCGAAGGGCUUAAUCCUCUCUGCUGCAGUGUCCCCCAACAAAAAGGUAAUCGAUGCCGGUUACGAUGUUCCCGAACUAUCCCGCUAUUUUGACUGGAUCUCAGUUAUGGCCUACGACUACCACGGACAGUGGGACAAGCAGACGGGUCACGUUGCGCCCAUGUACGACCACCCCGAAGGAACGGCUAACUUCAACGCCAAUUUCUCUAUAAACUACUGGAUAUCAAAGGGAGCUGAGCGUCAGAAAUUGGUAAUGGGAAUGCCCAUGUAUGGUCAGUCGUUCUCGCUGGCUGCGCCUAGUGAGCAUCAGCUAAAUGCGCCCACCUACGGUGGUGGUGAGGCGGGUGAGGCCACAAGGGCAAGAGGAUUUCUUGCGUACUAUGAGAUCUGCUCGUACAUCCGCCAGCGCAGUUGGAACGUGGUGAGGGAUGCCAGGGGUCGGAUGGGACCAUUUGCUUAUUUGGGAGAUCAGUGGGUAUCCUUUGACGAUGCUCCCAUGAUUCGGCAUAAAAGCGAGUACAUCAAGGCAAUGGGUCUUGCCGGAGCCAUGAUCUGGGCUCUGGAUCUGGACGACUUCAAAAAUGACUGCGGAUGUGAGUCCUAUCCCCUGCUGAAAACCAUUAAUCGUGUGCUGAGAGGUUUUGGAGGUCCACAUCCAAAGUGUUUACUUGAAAAAAGCGAAAAGACAAUGAUAGCAAGCGGCAAGCCGUCCAUCAAGCCCACCGUAAACGCACAUCCAUUUCUUGGUCCUACUACACAGGAGGAAUAUAUAAAGAACCAUACUCAGAUGGUAUCAGCCUUUGAAUGCGACGGCAAAAACUACUUGCCCCACGAACAAGACUGUAAUAAAUACUACAUCUGCCAGCACGGAAUGAAGAUUGAGCAACGCUGCCCUGUGGGUCUUCAAUGGAACAAGAACUUCUGCGACUGGCCGAAUAAUGUCAAGUGCUCGGUGCGGUCGGAUCAGACUACACAGCCACCAGCAAUCCAUCGCCCCAAACCCACAAGCACCACACCGUCGCCACUAACAAACAAGCCUUUGAGCCUGCCUAAUAAAAAUCCCAUUUCACGACCGAAGCCGUCAACAGCUCCCCAGCUGGGCAGCAGCGAGGAGUUCAAGGUAGUCUGCUACUUUACUAACUGGGCUUGGUAUCGACCGGGCCAGGGAAAAUAUGUGCCCGAGGACAUAGACGCCAACCUGUGUACGCACAUCGUUUACGGCUUCGCGGUCCUCGAUAGCAACUCGCUGACCAUCAAAACGCAUGACUCCUGGGCAGAUAUCGACAACAGAUUCUACGAGCGCGUAGUCAAGUAUAAGGAGAAGGGUCUUCGUGUUACGGUGGCCAUUGGUGGGUGGAACGAUUCGCUGGGCAGCAAGUACGCGCGCCUAGUGCUCGAUCCACAGGCUCGGCAGCAGUUUAUUAAAAGCGUGCUAGCAUUUGUAGAGAAGUACGGUUUCGAGGGCCUGGACCUGGACUGGGAAUACCCGGUGUGUUGGCAGGUGGACUGCACAAAGGGGGCACCAGCGGAAAAGCAGGGAUUCGCUGCUUUGGUAAAGGAACUGUCCCAAGCCUUUAAGCCUAAGAGCCUGCUACUUUCAGCUGCGGUCUCGCCUAGUAAGCUGGUCAUCGACGCAGGAUACGAUGUGCCCAAGCUAUCGCAGUACUUUGACUGGAUUGCUGUGAUGACGUACGACUUCCACGGUCACUGGGAUAAGCAGACUGGUCAUGUGGCCCCGCUCUACCAGGUAGAGGGGGACGCCAAUCCACACUUCAAUGGAAACUUUAGCAUCCUUUACUGGCUGGACCAGGGCGCUCCCGCCGGCAAGAUUCUUAUGGGAAUGCCCAUGUACGGCCAGUCCUUUUCGCUGGCUAACCAAAAACAAUGGUCACUAAACGACAAGUCCGUAGGUCCGGGACAGGCAGGCACCUACACUCGCGCUGGUGGAUUUUUGGCGUACUAUGAGGUUUGUGAAAAGGUCGGCAAUGGCGGCUGGAGCGUGGUAAGGGACAAAGAGGGGCGUAUUGGACCUUACGCUUACAGUGGUAACCAGUGGAUAUCAUACGAUGAUGUGUCAGACAUUCGGCGAAAGGCUCAGUUCAUUAGGAGCUUGCGCCUGGGUGGCGGCAUGGUCUGGGCUCUUGACCUAGACGACUUCCGCGGCCGUUGCGGCUGCGGCAAACACCCAUUGCUGCGGACUAUUAACCAGGAGUUGCGAGGUAUUCCCGGACAGCGCACCAACGAUUGCACAUGAUAUUUUGCACACAAAACGCUGUUGAACGGUUAAAUCUAUUGUAAAGACUUUUGAUUAUUUCUUGUAUUAGCACACAACUCUUAUCAACCAAUUAAACAUUCCAUUGAAAUUAAAAUCGUA